ACAUAAACCAAAACCUAGCUAUAAAAUGAUGUAAGUAGACAAAGCAGAACCACAGCCAAGAACCUCUAACUAGUAAAAAAACUUGCUACUCCUAUUAUUUCUUUAUGAUCAUGUCCAUGAUAUAUUCAAUAAUAAUAUUACUAAAUUUUUAUAUUUUAUUUCAUCUUGGGUUGAUUCCUCUUCCACCAUACCUACCUCUAUCUACGUAUUAUCAAUCUAAUCCACUUCCUUCAGAUGAACUAUUUCUAAAAAAAGAGAAAAGGUAUCCACCACUUCGUCUAUCACCACCACCACCCUAUGUGCCUACAUUUGACCAUUUUGUGUUGGCUGAAACAUGGCCAGCAACAUUUUGCAAGAUUAAAAGGUGUGUUAAUCCAAUGCCAAUAAACUUUACAAUACAUGGCCUAUGGCCAAACAACAGAAACUCUCAGCCUCGAAAUUGUCAAACUAUCCAAAAACUUGACUGGAACAUAAUGGCUGGAUUAAAAAAUCAACUUAAUAAAGAUUGGCCAUCGUUGAUUAAAGGUAGUCAUAACAUUGUAUUUUGGAAUGAACAAUGGACAGUGCACGGAACAUGCUCAUUGUUGGAUCCGUAUGAAUACUUUUAUCAAACAUUAAAAAUCUAUAACAAACACAACAUAAGGCAUAUCCUUAGAAAGGAGAAUAUUAUGCCUAGUAGAAACCCUACACUUAAACAUGACAUUAUCAAUGCCAUAGUCAACCACAUUCACUUUACGCCACAGAUCCGGUGUGUAAAUAUUUCAAAUCAGUUUUAUUUAUAUGAAAUAAGACUUUGCUUGACCGCAAGCAAUAAUCCACAAUAUAAAAAUUGUGAUACUCCUUUCAUAAAUUGUCGACAUAACAACGUGUAUUUAUGAUAAUUUAUGAUUUAUCAAUAAAAAUGGCGAUACUUAUGGGACGAA